AUGUCGUCCUUCGUCGCCAUUGAUCAUUUUGCCAAGGCAACAUUGACAGCCAUCCCACCCGAUGAAAAGCCUACCUACAAUAGCUUGAAAACCAUCCACCAAGAGCUCAAUGACAACGCCAUGGCCAUCAAUUCCACUCUCGGAGGAGGACACUACGGCCACCUAGGACUUGUCCUCCCCCCAAUCAAGUAUAACGACUUACCCAACACCAUCCCGUGGGUCAAUCCACUCCACCCUGGAGAAGCACCCGUCCAUGGAGUGGCACCUACAGGCCCCCAAAUCACUGAAACCAACAGAGUCUAUGCAGCCAAUGAGACAAAAUUCCUUAUCUACAGAGCCACUGAAACCGCACUCAAGAAACAACUCAUCGAAGCAGUGCCAGACACAUUCAUCAAGACACUCAAACAUGACAUGUAUGGGUACGCACAAGUCACGGUCCUUUCCAUGCUCAACCAUCUAGAUAGAACCUAUGGAACAGUAGGCCCACAAGACCUCAGCGACAACAUGAAACGAAUGACGGCCGAAUGGAGCCCCACUCAGCCAAUCGAAGACCUCUACAAUCAAGUGAAGGACGCACAAAAAUUUGCGGCCGACCAUGACCCAAUCACGGACAAACACGCAGUACGUGCAGCAAUCGACAACCUCGAAAACAGCGGUGUAUUCACCAAUGCUCUCCGCGAAUGGAGGCAGAAGGAAAUGGAGGAACAAGAAUUCACCCACAUGGAACGUCACUUCAACGCUGCCGACAAGGAACGCCGUCGAAUCCUAACCACCAAGGAAAUGGGAUUUGCCAACAAGGCGAUCGAAAAGAACAACACCAAUGCUACCCCAAGCGUCAACGUAGGCGGAACACCAAUGUAUUAUUGCUGGUCUCACGGAUUGAGCACCAAUGAGAAACACACAAGUGCCACCUGCAGCAAAAAACAGCCUGGUCAUCGAGCAGAUGCCAAUGGCGACAACAUGCAUGGCGGAUGUUGCAUCAUCCGCCGCCGCGCUGGAGAAAAGGCCGUCUACAGACGCCCAGCUCGCCAGAACAAUGACGAAAACCAACCUCCUCCAGCCCAAGGAUGA